ACCGAAGCAGGAGGUGACGUCAGCAUCUCGCGUAUCUGCUCGGUUUAUUGUUGGUCUGGAAAACACGAAAAUGGGAAAGUGGAAGCUGCGGCGGCUGCCGUCUUGUCUCAACUUGACUACAACUUUUCGAAGAUAACUUUCCCAACAGAACGCCAUCUGCACGUCUUUUGAGUCACAUUUGGUUGGCUCUAGGGUGAAGUUAUGUCGCUUGACGGGGAUUAACUUACUGCCUUUCUCUCUUUCGUUUGUCCUUCCUCGGUUUGGAUGUUUUUCGCACUGUGUUAUCGAAGAAGAAGUGCCCUUGUCCUUUGUUUGUCUAAGGGAGAGUUUUAAUCAAGAGACAUGGACAUGUACGGAUAUAACGGCAUUUUCCUCGUGAGAAGACUUUUACGAAGCAAGAUGCUCGUGGUGACAAACAUGAGCGACAUAACGAAGGCAACGCCGCGCGGCUGCGAUAACGGCUCUUUAAUGGAUGGCUUCGGAGUUCUGAUCCAAGGGCUUCUCGCCGUUGUAGCUUUCAGCACUCUAAUGUUGAAGAGGUUUCGUGAGCCUAUUGGGGUGCGAAGACCGUGGAAGAUUUGGUUUUACGACACCUCCAAGCAGGCCAUCGGAGCUCUCUUCAUCCACUUUGCCAACAUCUUCCUGUCCACUUUGACCAAAGCCGACGCCUGCUCUCUGUACCUCAUGAACUUCAUCCUGGAUGCCACUCUGGGGAUGCUGGUGAUCUGGAUGGGGGUGAAGGUGGUGUCUCGCAUCGUGGAGCAUAAACAGUGCACCUUAUUGACCUUCGGAGAAUAUGGUGACCCUCCGAGGGCGAGUGCAUGGUGGGGCCAGUGUGCAAUCUACCUGCUCAUCAUGAUCCUGGAGAAGGGUGUGGUCACCCUCGUCCUCCUCAUCCCUGGCUGGACAAACUUGCAGGCGGUGCUGUUGAACUACAUCCCAAAUCCACAGGUGGAGCUGGUCCUGGUUAUGCUCAUCGUUCCCUUCAUAGUCAAUUCCCUGAUGUUCUGGGUGGUCGACAGUCUGAUGAUGAGGAAGUACAAGACCAUGACCGCCAUCGAGGGGCCAUCCGACAGUGUCAAGCAGGUGAAGGAGUUGCCGUCGGUUACCAGCGAAGAGGCCCAGGUGUUGCUGGGCGACGAUACGGAACUCUACUCCGACGACGACAGCGAUGAUGGCUGCUAUACUCCUUCUGAUAGAAGACUCAUGCCCAGCUGGGUAGAGGUCUAGACCUGCCAGAAACACACAUACACAAACACACACACACACAUACUUGCAAAGACACAUAUUUCAUUGCAGCCCAGAAAUUCAUAGAGGACACACACAUAUGCUUUCUGGUGCUAUAAUUUUUAUACAUAUCAAGGUCAUGAUGUGCAAAACGUGUGUGUGUGUGUGUGUGUGUGUGUGCGUGUGUGCGCGUUAAUUAAAGUAAUGGACUUGUGCGAUCGUCUGAUUCAUGUAGACCCUGUGUGGUCGGGGUGUUUUGAUAUCAUGGUGCACUGAAAUGCAAGAAGUCUGUGCUUUCUAACGUUUGUCAUAAUUACGAACAAAAGUGCUUUUUAUCUUCCACAGAUGAAUAACACACACACACACACACACAUACACUUGCACCAUCUGUAAACACUCAAUUAACAAUCUGAGUGAAUGUCUCAUAUAUGUAAAUGUUAGAUUUUUGUAUUCUGCUUUCUGCUCUAAAUCAGUGCACACGCUCGUGUGUGUGUGUGUGUGUGUGUGUGUGUGUGUGUGUGUGUAUACUAUAUGCAAAUACAGUAAGUGAGAUACCUAAACGGGACCAAGUUAUCGUGUACCAAAUUAGGAUUGAAUAUUAUCACUGUUUGAUGGGAUUACGAUCACUAUGAGACUGGUCAUUUUUGUAUGUGUACAUAAUAUGCACUGUUUAUUCCUGGGCUGCAUUGUUAUACUCCGAUGACAAUAUCCACUUGACGUCCCGCUAUGGGAAGAGACUUCGAGACAAACCUGAAUGGACCUGUGUAUGUGUGAAUCGCUGCUAUCAGACCACUGUCCAGAUAGAGGGCUGGUGGAUGAAGCCCUUCUGACGAGCAUUGAGCUCUUGCUGCAUUUGACCGGUCAUCCUCACAGGCAUUGGAGGAACUCUUUUACCAUUCCUGUUUUUAACCUCAAAUCAGUUAAGCAUUUUAGAACAUUCACACAAUUCUUGACUUCUAAGUCAAAAUCUAGAAUGUUGAGACAUGUACAAGUUCUAGAACAAUGAUGACCAACUGCUGCACCGAGAUAUAUCCUCAGUCUAUCAUAAUAUUUAUAUUAUAAACAUUGUCAUUGUAAUCUUUGAGGUGUGGUCAUGGUGAUGCUUCAUUUUACUGGGUUUGGGAAAGCCAUAACUGUCACAAAUGGUCCAGAGUAUACUGUUGAACCACCAUGAAGGAUGUUUUCUUCAAAACACCGUUUAUACAUUUCAGCGGGAUGUUUUCAAUCAAUAUCAUGCCUCUUAUGAACGUUAAUCUAGUGUUUUUGAUGACCCGUAUUGUUGAUGUUUUUUUUUUAAUAGAAAAUGUUAAAUUAAUUUUGAUGUAAUUUUUCCUUUCGAGGGGCCAAAUUGUACAUCGACUUGUUUACUCUCACCAAAAAAUUGUGUCUCAGCGUGUUGAUGCUGCGUUUAUCAAGUUAGUUAUUAAUUUUGGUGAAUUGUGUCUUUUGGAAAACUGUUGAUAGAUGAUGUGAACAUGUUUGUUGAGGGAAAAUGUAUCCGUCCUGGAGUCAAGAGUGUAUGUGGGGAGAUUUUAUUUACCAGUGUUCACUCUUUAUACUAUAAAUAAAAACUUUGAUUACAGAACACAA